AUGUUACAACCAAUACCCGCCUCCACUCUCCUCCCCCAAGACCCCAGAAUCUCACGACUUCGCGGUCAUGAUCGCAAUGGUUUGUUAUUCUCCACCGGGUGUCGCGAGCUCGACUCCCACGUUCUCCUUGGCGGCGGAGCAACAGGAGCAGCAGCAGCAGCAGGAGCAAGAUUCGAAGGGGGUUUCGAGCCGGGUUGCGUGGUAGGAAUAAGCAGCGAAGAAGAGACAAUAGGGUUGGGGAUUGGGUUGCAGGUUGUUGCUAGGAUGUUGUUGUCGUCGUCUGAUCCUGCUUCGAUAAAAUCAAAAGAGGGGAAGGCGAAGGCGAUGAUCAUCACGACACUUUCCACGACGAGUUUGUUGCCGAUGUUGAGGCUGGCGUUGGUUAGUGAGGCUAGGGUGCUGCUGCUUCAAGGGGAUGGCAGUGGGAACGGACAGCAGCAACAGGUGGAUAGGGCAACGAUCAAAAGUUGUUUGGAACGGGUAUUGGUGGCGAGGGUUUUUGAUGCGGAGGGGUUAAGAGAGGUUUUGAGGGAGUUGGAGGAGAGUACCUCUACCUUUAAGCAAAAUGCUCCUGCUCUUGGAGGAGGAGGAGGAGGAGGAGAAGGGGAGGAGGAGGAGGAGGAGGAAGGGCACAACAAGGAGAGAACUCAGACGACAACGCAAACGACCAUCUACCAUCCCUAA